CAUUAAGCACAUUGGCGCGGAAGUUUGUUUUGUAACUUCAGUGUUUGGUCUUCUGCCUGCUUGAAAUGAUGCGCAAACGGGGACGCUCCUCUGUGGAGAAAGGAGAGGGAGCUUCUACAAACACCAAGGCAAAGAAGAGUCGCAGCACCGGUCGCCAACCUAAGGAGGCUGUUCCAGAAGAGACAAAUGAAAGUGUAUUCAGCGUCUUUCUGAGGGAGGCAGGAGUCACCUUGAAACCCUCCGGCACAUCCAAUGAGAUUGCUGUUGACCAAGUAGUUUUCCAGAAGCGAAUACGACAGCAGCUCCAGAAGAGUCCCAGGUACCCUAGUAUCAUACAGGAAUUCAUCACCGACUUGGAGUCUUACAUUGAGAACUCGGACAGAUUCAGGAACUGCCUCCUUCCCUGUGUUCCACAGCUGGUUGAUGGAUGCUCCAGUUCUACCAGCUCCUUCCAGGAAAGCCUGCUGCGUAUGUUGUUGGGCAUUGAGACGCUGCAGACUUUGAUCAUUAACACGCUGCUCGAGAAACUCCCUGAAUUCAUGCUUGAUGGUGCUGCUGAUGGAGGACUCAGUAUUCCACGCAUGAUUAUUAAUCAGCUCAAAUGGUUAGACAGAGUUGUAGACGCCAAGGAGCUGGCGGCGAAGCUCAUGGAGCUGGUGUCGGUCGCCCCAGUGGAGGUUCAGCGUGACAUCAUCACCAGUCUGCCGGAGAUACUGGAAGACUCCCAGCACAACGACAUAGCCAGGGAGCUCAACUCUUUGCUCCAGGAGAACACUCAGCUGACCGUCCCCAUCCUGGAUGCCCUCUCUAGUCUCAACCUCAGUUCCUCACUGCUGACAGAGGUCCGUGAAGCUGUCAUGGCCACAUCAGCUGCUGUACAGCUGGAGGAUCUCCCUGUGGUGGUCAAGUUCAUCCUGCACUCUGUGUCAGCCUCUGACGCAUAUGAGGUGGUGUGUAAUCUUCGUAAAAAACUCGAGCUGGAGCAGUGUGUUCUUCCUGCCGUGCUGCAGGCCUCUCAGAGCCGCAUCAAGAACAAAGGAGCAGCGGCGAGUACUUCCACAGCAGCAGCUGGCAGCAGCCAGGACAGUGUUGUUUUGGUUCUGGACUGCAUCAAGUCAGCAGUGCGAUUCCAGAAAUCCAUUUCUGAGGCUUGGCUCAAGGCGAUGGAGUCUGUGGAGGAAGUGGAGGAUCAUAAGGUGAUAGAUCUGCUGGUGCUGUUCAUCCUCCACUCCACCAACGCCAACCAGAGCCGACGGGGGGCAGAGAGAGUGCUGAAGGUCAAAGUGAGGACCGGACUCAUCCAGGAGUCUCUGCUGCAGAAAACCUUCAGGGACUAUGGCCAGGUCAUGCGAGGUUACUUCCCCUCCGUCUUGGCUCUGGCUCAGAGCUUGCUGCGCUCCCCUGACCCCUGCAUGGUGCCUUUUGGUGGACACAUGUACCGACACUCCUUCACUGCGUUUGACUCUUACUGCCAUCAGGAGGUGGUGGGCUCUCUAGUGACCCAUGUGUGCAGCGGCGUGAAUGGGGAGGUGGACAUGGCUCUGGAGCUGCUCUGCGGUCUAGUCACUGAAAAACCUGCAGAAAUGGCCCUGUAUGCCGUUUUUGUCAAGGGAAUCUUGGAUUACAUGGACAACCUCACGCCCCAGCACAUUCGGAGACUCUUUCACCUUCUGAGCAGACUGGCUUUUGGGCAGCAGCAGCAAGGAUCUCACAUCCAGGAUGACAUGCACAUAGUGAUCCGCAAACAGCUUUCCAGCACUGUGCCCAAGUACAAACGUAUCGGCAUCAUUGGCGCUGUGAUGAUAGUCGGCAGCAUGGGGGCCUCCAGUCCUAAAGGGAAAGGAUCAGAGAAUGGGUCGUUGCCCCAGGAGACGUUCAGACAGGUGACGGCUCUGUUGGAGCUGGUGAAGUCGAGCAGUGAAAGCUCGCCUGAAGCUGCAGCUCUGUACUACGAUGAACUGGCCAACUUGAUUUCGAACACAACUCUGGACCCACAAGUGCAGGAAAUGAUUGGAAGUAGCGUCCUGGAGGACUUCCAGGAUGACUUUAUUGUGGACAUUGGGCCGGAAAUAAAAGGCUCUUUCCCCUUUCCGGCCCGUGUGAUGUACAAACUGGAUGAGGGGGAGAGUCAGUCAGAGAUCGCCAUCAACCUGUUGCCUGUGCUGGUCCAAGACCUCCAAAACAAAGGAGAGCAACAAAAUCAAACCAAGAAGGCACAAAAGCGAGUGUCUCCGCUCUGUUUGUCUCCGUUUUUCCGCCUCCUGAGGCUGUGUGAGCAGAAACAGCAUCAAGGAGACCUGGAGGAGAUCGAUGGCCUUCUGGGUUGCCCUCUGAUCGUAACAGACAUGGAUGUAGUGGAAAAAGUGGAGAGCCUGUCCAAAGCUGAGAAGGAGUUUCUUUGUACUUUGCUCUUUCACACCAUCAACUGGUUCAGAGAGAUCAUAAAUGGAUUCUGUGGAGUCAAAGAAAUUGAGAUGAAGAUGAAAGUGAUGACUCGCCUGCAGAAUAUCACCUUCCUUCAGACGCUGUUGGAAAGGGCUCUGGCAGCAACACCUGGCUAUGUUCCACCUGUUUCCAACUUUGAUGGAGAAAGCACAGAUGGGAUCGUGCCGAGUUCAGCGGCCCCUGUGAAUAAGGCAAAGAAAGAUGGCGCAGGAAAGAAGAGGAAGGCCCCUGGUAAGAAUUCCUCAGAAAGCAACUCUCAGCCUGAGGAGGCGACUGAAGCCGAGGAAACUCAGCAGGAGCAGCCAGAGAAAGAGAAAGAAAAGGAGCUCCGGCCAGGUGUCAGUCUGGCGUCCUACAGGCCAUUUUUCAGGGAGCUGGACAUGGAAGUCUUGAGCGUUCUGCAGUGUGGUUUGCUGUCACGCUCACUGCUGGACUCUGAGCUCCACACCAAUGUGCGAGAGGAGGUUCUGCUGGGCCCUGCUGAGCUUGUCUUCCUGCUGGAGGAUAUGCUUCGCAAACUGGACUUUAGUCUUACUGCUGCCCCCGCCAAGAGAGCCCCUUUCCUCAAGGGAAGGGCCGAUAAAAGUGUGGGCUUCUCCCACCUACAACAGAGGAGCUCCAAGGACAUUGCCUCCUGUUGUGUCGAGCUGAUGCCAGCCCUCUGCUCACACCUGGAGAACUGCCACAACCAUUUUCAGACUCUACUGUCUGAGAACAACGGCGUUGUGGACGGACCGGCCACAGAUGAGCAAGAGUACCAGUUAAUGUCAUCAGGAUACCAGCUGCUCCUGCAGGUUCUGAACACCACCUUCAGCUGGUCUGGAUUUAGUCAGCCAGGACAGCGCAGCUUAUUGAAGAAGGCGCUGGGAGUUUUGGCUGGACGACUCAAAGAAGGAGGAGCUGAGUUGACCAUGGAGCAGCUUGUGAAACACAGUUUCGAGUACUUGCUGAACUUCCGCAGCACAAUGCCAAAUCUCAGCACAGCGCUAAGUCUUUCCCAGCUUCUGUCCACUGUGUCUGAGAAAGGAGGGAGUUCUACAACCUACAGAGAGCAGACCGCUUCCCUUGCACGACGUUUCCUCUGCCAAGACUGGGUGACAGCCAGCGGAGAGAAGGAGCGAGGGGCCAAAUUCAACGAAGCCCUUCACAGUCUGCUGAGCAUCUACCUGGAACAUGUUGAAGAUGUUCUGAAGGCAGUGGAAGAAAUUGCUGAAAAAGGAAUGCAAGAGCUUAUCACUAUGUCGAAAGAUGAGAGCUCUACCUCCUGGCCCACUCUCAACAGGCAGACUUUCCUGGUGUUCUACAAAGUGUUGAUGGCAGAGCUGGAGAAAGCCGUGCGGAAGAUUCCUGCUGGCAAAAUGAGCGACAGCACUGAGGCUCAGAGUGUGAAACUGCUGACGUGGACCCUGGCUGUUCGAGAUUUUCACAUUAUGGUCAACCUAGUUAAGAUAUUUGAUUCUAGACCAGUGCUCAAUGUGUGCUUAAAGUAUGGGCGCCUUUUCCUUGAGUCUUUCCUGAAGCUGGGGAUGCCACUACUAGACUACAGUUUCAAAAGACACAAGGAGGACGUCCAGAGCUUGCUGAAAACCUUCCAGCUCAGCACUCGUCAGCUCCAUCACAUGUGUGGACAUUCUAAGAUUCACCAGGAUACCAGUUUGACCAACCAUGUCCCAGCCCUGAAGAAGAGCCUCGAGCUGUUUGUGUACAGGGUGAAGGCCACGCUGACGCUCAACAACUGUCAGGAGGCCUUUUGGAUCGGUAACCUGAAGAAUCGCAACCUGAAGGGUGAAGAGAUUCUCUCUCAGAGGUCUCAAGAAAGUGAUGAUGAUGAAGAAGAGGAGGCGCAGCAACGCUCACCACAAGCACAGGAACAGUCUGAAGAUGAGGACCAGGAGAGUGACUCUGAGGAAAUUAAGAAGAUUAACAGAGCAGAAGAUCUGGAUCCAGAUGACACAGAUGACUCUGAGUAAUGCAUUCUAUCUAACAAAAUGAUAAACAGUUUUUGGGAUGAAUCCCAGUUCCAAAGCAACCUUUCAGGUUUUGUAGCAUUUUAGUUGCUUUGUAUAUGAGCACUUUCUGCAUUUACAAAAUACUUCAACUCAGAGGAAAAUGGACAAGUAUGACAUCACAAAUACACAUUUAAUCACAGUUCUCAUAUUUAUGGCAAUAAUGCCAUGAGAGCACUUUUUUAAAAAAUCCAUACAUUAUUAUAUUUCCACAAUACCUUUUUCUGUUGAGGAUAAAACAUUAAAGAUUAUCUUACUUGUUGUCACACUAGGUUUAGUUUUGAAAAAAAUGUUGUAUGCUGUAUUUGUUUGUCACCAAAAUAAAAUAUGGAUUUGUCA